GGGCGAAACUUGGACAAAUCGUGGGUCGAUGUCGUGAAGAAGCGCGUGCACUUCGUUGGUCUCCCUUCGCUUGUCAUGAUCAGCCCUUGUUGUGGCGUGGAAACACCGCUGUUGGCCCUCGCCGAACUCGGCAUCAAGUGCAAGAGUUACGCGUGGGACAUCGAUGAACACUUGAGGGCCACG